AUGCCGAAUCGUAUGGACCAACAACAAAAGCAAACAACCUCCGACCUUGAGCCAAAACCUUUUACAUGGUUGAAGGAAUUAUCCCACAGGGAGAACCUGGCAGCCUUAAAUGAUGUGCAGUUCCGAAGGCCCUCAAGUGACGACGACCAAUACAUCGACGUCGGUAGCGGACCGGGUAACUUCCUCGCAGAGCAGCUGCUACCACUCCUGCGGCCCUUCGCUCGUGUCGUCGCCACGGAUAUAUCUGAAGACAUGCUUGUAUACGCCCAAAACCAUUACCCGGAGGCAAAAGUGUGCUUCGAGGUCUUGGACAUAGAGAAUGGGGAUGUUCAAUUCAUCGUCGACAAGUACGGGCUCUUCGACCGCGUCUUCUCGUUUCUUACUUUUCACUACAUUUGGGACUUGCACAAAGCUUACCGCAACGUGAGUCGACUGCUCAAGGAUGGUGGAGAGUGCCUGGUUGUCUACUUCACCAGGACUGGCAUCACGGACGUCUGGCACUGA